AUGGUUUACAAAGCAGUGUUGUUCGACUCAACUGGAGUGAUAAUGAGUUACGAUUCAUCGCCGUAUCUGGCCGAAUUCAUGAGUAAAGCGAAGAAAGUGGAAUCAAUUUGGAAAAUAUGGGCAGACAUGGAACUAGGCAAGUUGAACGCAAAGGAAGUCAAUGAUGUAUUCCAACCGAUGCUUGAUGCAAAUCCGAAAUUGAAAGAACAAGUGCUGAAGAGUAUGACAAAUGACACCAUUCUGUCCAUUUUCGACAAUCUGAGAGAGGAUGAAUAUUUCGUCCCCAUAUUACCUAAACUGCGUUCGGCUGGCAUUAAAUCGUUGUUGUUGACGAAUCAAAUGUGGCGUGAUGACGAUCGAACAGAGGUUUUCAUCCCGGCUACAAGUAUCGCCAAAUUCGAUGCGAACGUUAUUUCAUGUCGAGACGGUGUUCGCAAACCGGAUGCCGAUAUAUUUCUCGUACGUUUCACGCAUCUGCACAACAAUUCGCUUGAACAAAUCAGAUUGUUUCAGUUAGCAGCCAAGAAGUUGAGCGUUGAACCGAAGGAAUGCAUUUUUAUCGAUGAUUUUCCGGAAAACUGCGAAGGUGCACGGAAGGUCGGUAUGGCUGCAAUACAGGUUCAUGGAACGGACACUAAGACAGCAGUUCAAGAGCUGGAGAAAAUGCUGAAUUUGAAACUACUUUUAUAA